AUGGGCAGGAGCAUCCUGGACAGAUAUGAUGCCUACCCAGAUGCCUCGGUCAGUGACUUGAGGGCAACAUUGAUUAUGUGCGCUGCCAGCGCGGCCUUCUCCUUCGGUGACAACUCCUCCUUCUUGCUCGUGGUCGUGGCCCCUCGCUCUAUAUCGGUUGUCCUGCCUCCUAUCGUCGUCGUCAUUCGUUUCUUCUUUUGCGCUGUCGAUUACGGCUCGGCCGCGGUGGGCAAUGGCCUUGACCCAAGCCAAGAGUCUGCAAAAGAGUUACUCGCCUUCCCUCAUGUUGUCGUUGUUACUUUCUCCUUUUGCGCUGUCGGCUGCGCUCCGGCCUCGGUCGCGAGAAGUUCUUUGAGUAGCACCGUGGUUGUUGAUGUGCAUGUUGAUGAUGACGAAAAUGAUGACUAUGAUGAUGUUGUGGACGAUGAUGAUGACGUGGAUGAUGAUGAUGAUGAUGAUGAUGAUGAUGAUGAUGAUGAUAAUGAUGAAUCUUUUGACGUCGGUUCCACCCCGCAAGGGCUAAAGGGCGCCUACAUCAGCUGUUGUUGA